AGGUCAUCACGCCAACCCCUGCUGGAAAUAUUCGACUGCCAGGUCUCGCAGCUCCUUCCACCGGAUCCGCGAACCAUCACGUACGAUGCUUUUAUCGAUAACCUGGACAGCAGGGUGAAGAGGAUAUCGGAAGCGAUGCGGAUUUUGGCGGCGAGAGUGGGGCAGGAACCGGAGCAGAGCGCUGGUGUUGUGCUGUUGGGGAAACAGCUUGCUGAUAAGAAGAGUCUGUACAUCGAAAGAUAUGUGGAUUGGGCACGGAGUCACGUAGCGACCCUAGGAUGCCCUGCUACCACGGUCAUCAUUCGUUCCCUGCGCACCCUCCUAGCCAGCGACGAAGACUUGUGCAUGAUCUCCAAGUCGGCCUUGAGGAAAGAAAUAGACACACUCGUCAAAAGUGCACUCGCACCAGCUCUGGAAACCGCGCGCAGAAUCCUACCACGCUCGGACGAUCCGCAAUCUCUGAUACUCGAUGUGAAGUACAACCGGGAAGCCACUUCAAAGCAGGUCAGAGAUGCUACAUCAGGCGCCAUCAUCGAGAACCUCCGCCGCCGCAUCAUCCACCGCCGCGCCCAAUGCCCGAGUGCCACAAUCGCCUCCGCCCUCUUCCUGCACCACGACUCAAAACGCAACCACCGACAAUGCAGGAACGCACUGAUCUGGCCCAAAGUCAAGGCACAUGUGGCGGUGCUGUGGCUUCGGCCGCGAUUACACCGUGCCUUCGACGUCUUGACCACAAGCAUUGUGGGCGUCUACCUCCUUUACUUUGCAGUGCAGUACUGGAUCCUCGGCCGCACCGUGUGGGAGAUGUCCCUGUUGAUAUGGCGAGAUCAGCAGAUCGUGGAUUUCAUGGGCGGGUUGCUGGUCGCGGUGGUGUGUUUGGGGCUGUUAGCUGUUGUUGGGGUUGUGGUUGAGAGGGUUGAGAGUGUUAGACAUCCAAUACCCCCCUUGCUGCCGCGGGUUAAGGUUAAUUGUGUUAUCUUGUAGUGUAGCUCGUAGCGUAGGUUGCGUUUGCUGUUCAUUACAACAAAUCUGAAAUUGCAUCUGCUGUAGAUACUACUCUUGUUCACUAGCCGAGUUUGUUAUUUGAUAACAUAACUGAGGAUAUGUAGGUAAAUACUACGCCAUCUUAAUCCAAUUGCUUCU